AUGGCCUCAAUGUCCGGCUUGCUCAACACCAUCACAAAAGCGAUGCCAUAUGUGAGCGAUGACAAAGCUGCCGACAAGACAGAAGACCAUGAGCCACUGUUAGCAGGUAGCGACUCUGCGGGUUACCUCGGCGAGGAUGAAGGGAGCAGCAAGAACCCCGAACAGACAGCGGACUCACAACGUUCGAUACGGAAGUCGAACAGCGAUCUGGGAUUAUGCGAGCGAACAAGGACCCGAGAUUCGGCAACAGAUCCCGUGCAGACCUCACUUCGUUUGAACCGACCGGCAGACCCAGGUGCAAGUCUGCGGCCACCCCGUGCAAAAGGACAUCGAUCAUCCAGUAGCUCGCAGAUGGAGACGCAAUCUCGUUCGGAAGAGUUGGCCUGUUCAGACACAACAAUGCAACGGGGGAUCAUAGCCAGCCUCGGCAACACCAGGGAUACAGAUACAUCGAAGCGCAGCAGAAACCGAUGCGGGAGCGGCGCAGACAGUCCAGUGCCAAAAGACGAAGAACCCAUGACAGGCUUCACGUGGUGUUCGUCAAUACGUCCAAUCUCGAAUCCUGACCUACGGAAGGCCUCCAGAGCAUCGAGCAGACCGGAUCCAAGUAAGCCACUGAAGACGUGUCUGAAGCGGAAGGCCAAAAGUGCGAACACAACACCUUCGAAUGAGUCCGUAACGAAUUCCGAGGGCUCUGCAAAGAACCAAGAACUUCGGCGUAUGAAGACUGUUGACUUCGAGGAGGCGAUGUCGAGGCUUGUGCCAUCUCAAGUAAUGAUCUCGAGCAGCGCCGUGCACCACCGUACACUUGGAUUAAGAAAGGCUUCAAAGUGCAGGCCUUCGUGCCCUGGCACGGCUGUGUUGUCCAAGCGUUCACCAGCGUCUCCAGCCAUGACUCGAACUGAUGUUCAUGUCAUUGCCGUUACUCCUUCGUCAUUGAAGCCUGCAGGCUUGGAUCCAACGCAACCAAGGAAGGCCGACGAGGCCGAUCCCGCUACUCCCACCAUGCAGAUCGUAGAAUCUAACAACGGCAACUACGAGGUUAUCUGGGACGACGUACCGCCAGAGCAUAGUGCGAGAACACAAAGACGCAGCUCUUCAGCCAGUCAGGCGCUGGAAGCUGUCUCAACAGGCACCAGGGGCCUCGAGCAUGUCAACACAAAGCUCACGGAGUGGUCUGGCACUUGGAACACACCCUCCGACUCUUUCAAGCCCACAAUCGUUGUGUUCCCUGACGACAAUGGUCGCAGGCCUCAUUUCGAAUGCGCUGUUGUGGAUGACGAAGAUAUUGAGAUCUUUGCGCCUCCCAACAGCGAGAGAGUGAGUGCCGUGCAUUCACGCCACCCCUCGCGACCUGCAAGUGCUCGAAUGUCAAGAGCUGCUUCUCAUGACGAUUCGAGCGCUAUCGCACUCCCACAAGUCACAUCGCUCGAUGACGCAGCUCCUCUGACGGAGCAAACGCUUGUUGUACCAGAUUCAGAUGCCUGGUCAGCCCAUCUGGUUGCGGCCCGUCGAAAACUGGGGGCGCCCAGCCCAGAACGGAAGCUAUCCAAUGUCGAAGAAGCGGAUUUGAAGUUUCGCAACCACCGAGACUCCGUCACCAUAGCUCAUUCGCGUCUGAUCCACUCUGGAGGGGUGCGACCAGAGCUCUUCGCAUAUAGAGACUCGGUGUCAAUGGCAAAGAAGCGGAUGCAUGCCAAGAACCAUGCUGGCUCUGCUCCAAAACACGUGCAUCGACCGGAAUCGAAGUCGGAGCCGGGUCCCCAGCUUGACGAUGCUGCUACUGCAAUUCCUCCGCAGUCAAUCGUGAAGGCUCACGCGGCUGAAGCUCUCAAGAAAGGCAGUCCGGUACCCAUACUGCGCCUGUCAGAUUCUGCCGGUCCAUGA